UCGUACUCAGCCUCUCCUACCCAUCCCUCACAUCUCCUUCAUCGCCAACAACGCGACGGUGCUGCUGCCCCUGGUGCCUGCACCCUAACGCCGUGUCCCUCGACCGCGCCCAGCACCUCGGUACGCCAGCGACGUAAGACACAAGCGAAGACAUGGUCCAAGCACCCAAUCUUGCACCUCGAAGACCCACCGCAGCUAUCGCCUCGAGUCACUGAGCACGCGACAUCCAGCAGCGCUCCCUCUCCGGAGGUGAGAGUCUGUGGGGACUGCUCAGCAGCAUGAUGCUCCCGCGCAGCAUAUACAACGAGUCACCACCAGAACGCCGCACCCGUGCCACCAAUAACCCUACCCUCCUCUACAGCUGGUGGUGUACCAUCUUCUCCCUCGUCAUCAUCGGAUUCCGGUUGUCUGGUCGCUAUAUUCGCAAUGAACGACUAUUCAGGGAGGACAAGAUCAUGGCCUUGAGCAUCAUUCCACUCAUAGCGCGCAUGAGCUUUGUACAUGUGGUCCUCAUCUGGGGCACCAACAAUGUCAACGUCAGCGCCCUGAACGACCCUGUCAAGAUUCGGCACCGAGAGAUUGGCUCGCAGAUGGUUCUUGCAGCGAGAGUGUUCUAUGCCAUGUUCAUAUGGAUGGCCAAGUACACAGUAUCUGAGUUCCUAAAACGUCUCACUGAACGGUUCUGGAAGAAAGGCUACGAGUGGGGAUUGCGCACCAUUCGCAUCUUCCUGGUCGUUACCUUUAUCGCGGUCGUGAUCGCAACAUUGGCCGAAUGUCAACCUUUUACGCACUAUUGGCAGGUCAAGCCAACUCCAAAACCACGAUGCCGGCAAGGCUUUGCGCAGCUGAUCACCAUGGGUGUCGCCGAUAUCAUUACGGAUGUUCUCCUGAUCGCCUUUCCCAUCCCCAUUAUCAUUCACUCCGGCAUGCCGUUAAAGCGCAAGAUCUCGCUUGUUGGGCUCUUCUCGAUGUCGGCUGUCCUUAUCGUCAUCACAGGAGCACGCGUCCCGAUGGUCAUCGAGAGACGCGGCCUCCAACAGUUUCGUUCUAUGUUUGCGUCUUCUGAGAUCCUCGCCGCGACCAUCGUCUCCAAUGCUAUCGUUCUGGGCUCCUUUCUACGUGAUCGAGGUCUGAAGAAAGCGAAGUUCAAGGCUCCAUCUACCACCGACAGUAUGGAGCGCAGGGGUUCCGCUCGCACGCAAACACUUCAACAAUGGGGUAGCGACGAAGACCUUGCGCGGUCACUUGGGUAUCGAACAAAACCUGAGUUGGUUGAGAAGAAGACGAGUGUGCCUAGACCAGCACCCAUGGCUGAUCUGGGUCUCCUAGCGCCAACUCAACAGUCUGGACUAUUUGCGAACACCAAUUGGCAGUUUCCAGGCAAAGAAGAGGAUCUACCGCAGUCCUCCAGCAAUCCAACUGUUAAAGCAGCGGACAUUCGAGACCCUAUGCCUAGUCCGCGCGCCAGCAGCGGCAGACGGGUCUCGUUCUUCGAUGUCGGUGGUUUACUCGAAAAUGGAUCGACCACCGCUCCUUCGCCGACUGAUUCUGUUACUGCACACGAUUUCGCAGCGCAACCGCGCAGAGGAUCAAGAGCAUCCAAUUCGCUGACGUCUAAUGCCCGCGCAUACCCUCCGCCAGCACGUCGAUCGUCGCGCUUGUCGCAGCAGUCGGAAGACUACGAAAUGUCUGCACGGCCGAGUAAUCAACUGCGAGACCCCGGCGGCUUGUUGUCGGAGGAUCGCGAGAUAGAGAUGGAACGGCAGAUGCGUGCGUCUCCUUCACCACACUCGAGCUCGUCAAACAGCCUCGCCCUCCACCAUGCUCGCAGUAUCUCUUUGCAUCGCAGCCCAACACAGACAAGCUACAACGUUCCAUCCCUACAAGACCCAGUUGGUCUGAUUACGACACGCUCGUAUGCGCCCAUAACACGCAGCUCCACCCACACCAGCUACGACGUGCCAUCCUUGCAGGAUGCAGGCGGGCUACUUUCCACAUCCUCUUCCCCUUCCAAAUGGUUCUUAGCGUGAUACCCAGCUCCGGCGAGAGCUUCUGCAUAUGCAUAGCUUGCCGGUCCAUUUCCCAUUCUUUUUUUUUAUCUUGUACUUGCACGAUAUCCCACAUGGUCGGCGUUCACGUCUUACGAUUUAUGGAUGUUAUGUCACAAGCGAUAUUUCUACCUUAGGUACAACAUCAACAUUGUAGGAUAGUAUCGUUUCCUGAGAGCG